AUGUUAAAGAGAAGCAAUAGUGAGGCAUGUUUGAGCAAGCAACUCCGAUGCAACCUGCAACAAUAUUGUCUCCAUCAACUGAUCGGGCACAAUAAUCGCCCUGGUCACGACCCAGCAAACGACACGCCACCUGUCUCACAUCUAGCGCCCAAUUUUUAUGGAGAGAAGACACGCUGUGAAGACGGCUGCGAACACUAUAAUGAACUAAUGCUGGUCAAAAAACAGCUCAGUAUUCUGCAAAACCUAUUAAAAAGAAAAGAACAGAAAAUUCCGAAUCCAUGCAUAAGUUUUUUGGAGAAAAAUGCAAGCAUAAAAGAGAGCAUCAUUGAUCUGAAGACCAGCAUGUUUGUUUUUCUCAAUGACUACAAAAGUUUCCAUCAGUGGGUCGUUAUGCAGUUAAAACAAGCCGAGUCAAAGUUAAUAGAAUAUCAAAAGUAUCACAAAUCAACUGGUCCCAGCCAAAUAGUUUCGGCAAAGAAAACGCCGACGCAGCCGUUAUUUAAACAAAAUUUAAACUCGCGGGUUUUAACAACACCGAAAAAAAUUCAACAAGUAAAGCCCAACAGUCUUUUAAACAAUUUGCCGCAACAGCAACAACAACAGCAACAACAACAGCAGAUAAAUAUAAGAAACGAAGUUGAAUGCGAUGUUAAAGAAGCUUCAAAGGUGGAAUGUUCAGUUUCUAGCAGUAGCGAAAAAAAUUAUGAAUCUGGCUCAGAAGGCAUCAACAUAAUUGAUUUAGUUAACAAGACAGAAAUCGCACCAGUAAAAUCAGCUAAUCUAAAAGGUAACAAAACCAUCUGUCGGAUCUGUCCAUCAAUAUGUGAUGGAACAUCUGUGGUAAGCAUUGAACAAACAAAUAGAAUUAAAAUCAUCCAUAACAAUCGGACUAAAAUGUUCGACGUAGAUCACGCCUAUCCAGCCAGCUCUUCCAACGACGAAGUAUUUGAAAAUCUCACCUCAACUCUCAAGUCCUGUUUUGACGGGGUGAACGUGAACAUUUUUGCUUACGGCGAAGCGGGGUCUGGGAAGACAUUCACGAUAGAAGGUUCUACUAUUAGCGACGGUUUGUUAAUGAAAACGGUUGUAUACUUGCUUGACCAUUUAAACAACCAGUUCACCUUGCACUACAGUUUGGUAGAAUUGAAAAACGACAUAUUUAGAGAUAUUCAACAUGAAGAUCUGAAGUCAUGCAAACUGGAAGCAAAGCAGAACAACGAUGGCGGACUAAGUCUGAUCAAUUUGACAAAAAUUCCAAUAGCAUCAUUGGAAGAAAUGAAAAAAGCACUAAGAAAAGGUCAGAUUUUCAAGAAAAAUUUUCCCACCACAGUGUCUCACUUCAUCCAUAUUUUAUACAUUAGUGCUAAUUCAGAUGAAAGAAAAUCAAUAACAACAAAACUCCACAUUGUUGAUUUGGCUGAUUCGGAAAAGAUAGAAAAAAACCCGAAAGAUUUAAAUAGAUUCAAAGAAUACCAAAACGUUAACAAAACUCUUAGCUGCCUCGGAGAUGUUCUGCACGCUCUCAAUUCAAAACAAUCUCACAUUCCAUUCAGAUCAUCAAAACUCACGCACAUCCUUCAAGAUUCCUUUAGUUGUGACAGCGUGCAUGUACUUAUAAUGCAUAUCAUUGCCGGCGAGCAGCACUCCUCUGAAACGUUAUCAACUCUGAUGUUCGGACAGCGAACCAAACUCAAUGAAAUGAACCCACAAAUCAUGAGGUCUCCGAAUGGAAAGAUGUCCAAAUCAGAUGCCCACAACAACACACUGACUCCUUCUCGGCCUCGGAGACCAUCUGUUGGCCUCAAUGAAGUCAAGUUAACGAGCAGGAAACCGUCCAUCACCUCAGAUCUUAAAUUAUCAGAUUUUUAA